AUGUCCUUUAUCUUGUCCCUUGGGACCCAGCCUAUAACACUCCACACUUUCUCAUCAAAGAAUACAACACAUAAAUUUGCUACAUCAGAUAGGCCAACUGUCAUUUAUAGUAGUAACAAGAAAUUACUCUAUAGCAAUGUAAAUUUGAAGCAGGUCAUUCAUAUGUGCCCUUUCAACUUUGCUGCUUUUCCGGACAGCACACUUCUUGAAUUGGAAAAGAAGAAAUCUUUAAUUGUUAUUCUAGUCCAUGCUUCUAAAGGUCCCAUGGGUCAUACCAAUUCAAAGAUUGGAACAGAUGCACCACCAAGCAAUACUCCAAACUGGACAAUUAACAUUUCAGAUGUAAGAACAGUUAAAGUCAGUAAUAUCUCACUAGCUACCUCUGAGAAGGAUAUUAAGGAAUUCUUCUCUUUUUCUGGUGAUAUCCAGUAUGUUGAAAUGCAAAGGGAAACUGAAACAUCUCAGCUUGCAUACGUUACCUUCAAGGAAUCACAGGGAGCAGAUACAGCUAUGCUUUUGACAGGAUCCACAAUUGCUGAUCUUUCAGUCUCUAUUACACGGGUCGAGAAUUACCAGCUGCCUCCUGAUGCUCCUUCCCUAACCCCUGUAAGUACCACGACUGUUAAAAAUAAUACUUUGGUAUCUGUUUUUAUAAUACUGUUCUAUCUAUUCAUUCUAAAAAUUUAA